ACCAACUAGAGUGAAAAAGAGGAAGAAGAAGAAUUUUUGACCAACGCUCCGGUUUAUGGUCAAUUUCUGAAACCUAUAUACAAAAUGUAUGUGAAAAGUGAUGAAAUGUUUUUCCUUUAGAUUAUGUCUCUUUUGUUUUGAUGUCUCAUCUCGACUUGCUGCUUUGGACGUUUGUUUAAAGUAUUUCAUUUAAAUGUGACUUAAAAGUCUAUUUUUCCCAAGAGCAUAUUGCUGUUAAUAGAUCCAACAUGAUAAAAAUCCGGUCAUUAAAUCGGGAUUCUUCGUCUGACGACGAUGUACCUACAAUUAGAAGAGAAGCACAAGAGGAAAUUGUGUUAGAACUUUAUAACAAAGCAUUAAGGGCACAAGCAAACAAGAAUUGUUCUGAAUCUGUGGAAAUACUGAAUGGACUUGUCAGUGAGAACAUACCACUUCUUGAAAACAAUGGAGGUCUCCCUAAAUCCAUGGCUUCAUUGAAAUUUUCAUGCUACCUGAAUUUGGGCAACAAUUUUUUGCACUCUAAUGACAUCAACAAGGCCCUAGAAAAUUAUUUAGUGGCUUCUGAACUAGAUGCCACAGAUGUAACUUUAUGGUGCAAAAUAGGCAAAUUGUCUUUAAAGGAGGAUAAAUUUAGGCAAGCUGCUUAUGCAUUUGCAAAAGGCUUGGAAUGUAGUGAAUAUCACUGGCCUUGUCUUGAUAACCUUAUUUCAGUAUUGUAUGCCCUGAAAGACACCAUAGGCUGUCUCUAUUACAUUGACAAAGCAUUGUCAAAAGAUUCUGAAUAUACUAAAGGUUUAAUUCUGUCCAAACAUAUUUAUAGUGAUAACCCUGCUAGUAAAGAAUAUUAUCGAUCAUUAUAUCCAUAUCAGAGAUAUCAACCACUGGUUGAUGUUAUAAUUGAUGAAGAGGAUGAAAAAGAGGUAUUAGCAGAGGUGCAGGAGUUGUGCAAUAAAGUAAUAGAAACAGAGAAAGAUGCUGGCUUGAAAGUAACUCAGACUCUUCCUUUACCUAAACCACUAGAAGAUUAUACUUGGGUUUCUGCUGCUGAAACCAUCAUAUAUCUUCACCAAUAUAUUGCUGAUCAAGAACUUGGUCAUUUCACUUUAAUUGAUCUUAAUAAGUCCAUGAGCCAGUCAAAGGAGAUUGAGACAAAGCAAUUGAAAUUUGAAAUUUGUGAUGCAGCCCAGAUUGAAUCUUCCAUGAGAUCAGCGGAAAUAGUUAAUGGAAAUGAUAUUGUCAUGGAUGUUAAAGAACUGGAAAAAGGUGAAGUAGAAAAUGUGUGGCAAAGAAGAAUGUCGCAGACCAGUGAUAUCAAUAAUGAUGGUCUAGAUACUACUCCAGUGCAAACAGAUAAUGAUGAGGAACAGAAUAUGGAAUUAGAUAAUGAUGAGACAGAUGGUGAUAAUGGCGACACAAAAAACGAAAGGGGUCGACCGAAAGGUGGUAAACGAAAACGGGAUGUACUUUCAGACUUGCAGAUUUGGGGUUGGCAUAGUAAACGAAAGCAGAUCAAGAAGUCUAACAAGGAUUUGACUGUUGAAGAUGCCUUGAACAGGAUCAUACCAAAAAACCUGUUAAAAAAUAAAAUUUGUCUAGAAAAUCCUUCACAAAAUGAUGAUUCCAUGAACACCAUGGACAUUUACAAUAUGUAUGUUGGAGAUAAGGAGGUUAAGUUUCUCUCACCAAUACACUCACCAAAAUCGGUCAAUUAUGAGGCUUAUUUUGGCACAGACCAAGAAAAAGAGGAUGUCCUUAAUUUCUGGUGCCAAAAACGUGACCAUGUUGAUGCCAUAGUGCUUGUUAAGGAAUUAGUUUUUGCUCUGUCUAAAAUAUGGCAUUACAAAUGGCCCAAAGAAUUGGUGCGGCUGUACUUAAAAGCCUACUGCAUGUUUAGAGAACAUUUUGACCCCCCACAGUUGUUUUGUGUUGAGUCGUCUUUUGAUAAAAUUAGAGAUGAUGCUUUGGCAACUCUGCUUGACGCGGAAUUAAAAACUUUUAGCUCUGAUGAUCAAGAAUUGGUUGAUUGUGCUAUUUUAGGUUACCUUCAAUUGGUGAGUGCAUGGAACGAUCAAUGGGGAGAAGAAUUUCACUCUUUUUUUAACCGCUUUUGCUGGUUAGAGUGUCACAUUUUCAGGAAAGAUGACAUGAAUGAUUUGGCCAUAAGAAACCUGGAACUAAUAAUGGAAAUCAUAGAGGAGCAUGAACAGAAUAGCAGCGAUAAAUAUGCCCUCAAUUUACCCAACUGCUUUAAGUACGGGUUUAUAACCAAAGACAUAGUAGAAAAAAUCAUUAAGUACUUAAACAUGAUAUCUUCACUUGGAAAUGUCGAGAAUUUAUAUAACUCUGGUCAAUAUAAAGAAGUUUCUGAUAUAAUAAAACAAACAUUUGUUGCGGGGAGCCAUCCCAAAGUGGGUCGAAUGGGGCGACCAGCUCAGUUAGGAUUUCUCCUGCAUUCAUUGUGGUAUACGGACAUGGGCGAAUGUUUCAUAUGGGCCGAGGAGUGUUUCCAUGAGGCGAUGCAGAACUAUCAGCAACCAAAUCUAGAUCGCGACAAAUGGGAGAAAAUAAUCGAAAAAUGCCUGGGGAUAUUUCAGGAUGGAAUUAAACAGGAGUCGGUGUGCAUUAUUGACGUGUUGAGUGAAGAAAAACGGUGCCGGUUGGUGGAAUGUCUUUCGAAACUUGUUUGCAAGCAGCUAAACACUGAGCAUGCUCUUUGCAUUCCUUUGGGGACUAUUACUCCUUGGCUUUUGCUUCAUUACAUAUUGUUGAGGGAAGAACAUAGGCAGUAUGCGAUGAAACGCGUUAACCAUUACAAGAGAGACAGGCCCGAAUGUUCAAGGGAUGUAGUAUUGGAUGAUGAAGUGCCACCCUCCAUAGCUAUUUUGUUUUCUGCCCAUGAAUUUUUGGGUCCGAAGGGCUGGUGUUUAACGAAAGAUGGAGAUUUACUCCACUUCAUCUUAGAUACAGUGUUGGACAGGUUAGAUACGCCUAUAUUUGAGCAACUGCGGGACAAAAUCGAUUUACAUAUAGAGCAAGCUUUGUUUUGCUUGUAUAUGUAUCCGAGCAAAAAGAACAAGAUUUCUAGACAUUUGGUGGACCAUAAUGUUACGCCGUUGCCGCUAACUUGGGAACGGUCGUUUCAACUCUACCAAUACUAUGCACCAGAUUCUUUACCAGAAUUCAACUCUUACAAAAACGCCUCAAUAUCCGCCGAGUUGGAACAGCUUCUAAAGCGUAUGAUCGCGCUUGUACCCACAGUCUAUGAAUUUCACAGUCACCUACCCAAAAUAAUGGAAUACAUACAUGGAAAAGUGGAUACAAUUCCGGAACCAGUUGAUUUUCCCAACAAAGUGCGCGCGAUAUAUUACCUAAUUGGAGACUACUACUUCAAACAGCGCGAAUUUACCAAGUGCAUAAAGUAUUUCCAAUUGGACUUGUGCAUUAAUCCUCUCCGUCUAGAUUCGUGGGCGUGUCUCGCUUUGAGCUACGUUGCACAGCUCGACACCAAGCUGAAUUACUGUGAGAAAAUAAAAAACGAAACUGAAUUCCUGGACAAGGCGAAUUCUGCUCAUAUAUGUUUCAAGAGAGCUUUGGAACUUGCUCCUGAUCACUUGAUGUUGUGGAUAGAGUGCGGCUCGUUCGAAUAUAUGGUCCAUUCUUUCUGUUCUCGAUUGAUCAAAUAUGAAUCAGAAAAUUUCAACAUGGAAAAGUUUGAGGUAUUGGAAAGCCAGAAGGAAAGGUACUUAGAUAGUUCAGGGAACAGUUUUGAAAAAGCGAUAACUCUUUAUGAAGUUGAUGAUAGUGGUGAGGCGGAUGAAAGGUGGUUGCAGUACUACAUCCUGGGCAAAAUUGCGGAAAAGAAGAAGAAAGAACCCACUGAAUACCUACAGUAUUAUCUAACGGCAAGUGCAUUGCUUCACGAGAAUAACGCGACUUACCCGGAAAAAAUUAAUUACAAUAAUCCCCAACAUUUGUCAGUAGAAGCAUUGGAACUCCACUACAGGAUUCACGCUUCGGUUUUAAAAUAUCUCGAGCUCCACGAAGAUAAAGAAAUCACAACCGCUCUUGGUGCCUUUUUUAAGAAAUGUCUUAACUCCACAGUUAAAUAUUUUGCCACGCCUACGCCAACGGGCACUGCCGCAGAAGUACCUAGUAAACUGGUGGAUAAUAUUACCAAUGGUAGCGUGAGUGCGGCAAACGGCACCAGUUUUCAAGAACAGUUUCUAAACUCCAUAAAAAAUAUUACCAAUGACGACGCCAAAGAACUCCCAGAUGAGGAGGAAGAAGAAGUAAAGAAAUGUUUGGAAGAUGUUUUAAUGCUGGUUGAUAAGCAGCUCAAUCCGAAGGAAGAAGAAAAUCAGAAAGCAAUGCAUGAAUUGGAAAAAAUACAAGAGGUGAUCAUGAUUUCUGAUUCGGAUGAAGAUGAAAUGCCCCAGCUGAUCGCAGAGGGCGCUGCUGAUCGUCAAGAAGAGGUUUCUUCGCAAUCCAAGGUGGCCGACGUUCAGGAAUUGCUGGACAAGAUGAUGCAAGAGACCAUGAAACAAACAGAGAAUGAUGAUGCAAAUAACAGUGGGACUGAUCAAAUAGAGGAAGUUGUAAUUAGGGAAGAAUCGCCUCAAAAGAAAGUAAAAGCCAGCGAUAGCGAGACGGAUACUUUGAAGACGUCCGUGGAUGACGACACUAGUAGUAUAACUUCGUCUUCGAGUGGGUCUAGUAGUUCUGACUCAGAUAGCGACGACGAUAGCAGUUCGUCGUCCUCAUCGUCUACAGAAGGAUCAAGCGAGAAUAUGUCUAGCAGUGAAAUAAUACAGUUGGUCGAUAAAUGUCUCCAGGGUCUUGAAAUGUGUGUUACAAGGCUCCAACAGAAUUACAAAGCCCUGUACAGGUUGGCUCAUUUGUUCUUUAAUUAUAAAGGCAAAAAGGAUUAUACUAAGUGUAAACAGUUACUGUUAGGAGAGUACAAAAGCAAAGGUGGAACAGUUAUCCCUGGUUUAUUCUUUGAGAGGAAAACAAACAACUUCUUUAAUGGCAUUUGGAGAAUACCUUCCACUGAAAUCGAUAGGCCAGGGUCGUUGGCCGCCCACAUGAACAGAUGCAUUUCUCUUCUGUUGCAUGUUCUGAGGAACACCAAUGAUAACAAGACUCUUAUGGAACUGUGUAUGCAGUUGAAGAAGUGUCCCGAUCGGGAUAAAAUUUAUAUAAAGGACACGGAUAGGAUGUCUUUUUCUGAUCAAGCCAUGAAUAUGUGCAUCCAAAGUUUUAAAAGUCAACUAAAGAAUGUCCCCACCAUGACCAACCCGCAAAUUGUUAAAUUGCUGCACGACAUAUUUAGAAUUUAUCAGAAAGUGCAAAAGCAUAUACCAAUCAAAAGCGGCAUAUUUUCCAACAUGCUUGUCGAAGUGUAUAGGAACUUUAUAAAGGAAAAAAUCCCGGACGCGGUGAAUAUUUUGGAUUUGGCCAUUAAGUUCUGCCAGCAGCACAAACCCAUCGAAAAGCACCGGACACCUUCGUUGACCCAAACCGUUCCUUUUCCCAGAGGACACGGGCUAAACAUUUCUCCCAUUCAUCCCAGUCCUUCCCUUUCAGGCAUCCAGCAGCCAAUAAAACGGCCGUCGGGCAGACCUAGGGGCAGACCCCCUCUACCCAAAAUCCCGGGGCAAGUCAAACCGCCCCGUGCGAGAAGUCUGAGCACUUCGGGUAUGACAACAGAUUUGUAUGGUUCAUACCAGAAGCAGACAUUCGACAAGAACUUCACUUACGAGUAUCUGCAGCACUACCAGAAUGAGUUGGUCAAGCAGUACAGUCAAAAUUUGAGUUAUUCGCAGUUAACCCAACUCAGUCAAUUGUUCACUAAGGGACAGCUCAAUAACCCGGCAAUGGCGUCAGCUAUAACCAAUCAGAUUCUGGCACAAGCGGGUCUUUUAAAUCCUCCGAAGAUACCCAUUUCUGGCAUAAGUCCAAUUAUACCAAGCGUUCCACCAAUGCUAGAUAAUCAGAGCUUGAUGAGUUCUGCUUUGAAAGGAAAGUGCGGAUUUGAUGUACCGCCCUCUCUAUUAUCGGGCAUGAGUUCAGAUCAAAUGAAAUAUCUAGAAAAUUUGCUUCCGGCAAUGAACAAACCAGCGGCGUAUAAAAGGGCGGGAGAACAAUCGGCCGCUGUUCCGAAGCAAAAAUCAGCACCUCUGACGAAAACUUCAAGCAGUGUCGUAUUCAAAGAAUCCGUAAAACCGACGCAGCAGCUACUCUCGAAUUUGACAGACGACAAAACGGCAAACAUGUUAAUGAAAGACAGACCGAACGUAUCCAUCACGCCCGUACAGCCCGCCGUCGCAGGUUCUCAGUUUACUCGAGCUUCCGACGUCACUAAAAGCCCGGUUAAAUUACCAUCCAGCGUACCUUAUUCUAAAUUUACAUCUUCAAAUGCACUGCCCGCAAAGCCACUAACCCUACCGGAUCUUAACACGACGUCGUUUACGAAAUCAGCAUCAAGCUUUUCCAAGUCGAGCACUGUGCCGCCCGCAAGUUCCGUUUCGUUUGCAAAACCGUUUGCGAUGCCUAUUUCUAAUGUCAGUCAAACCACUUCGUCCUAUAAUCCGACAUCGUUUGCGAAAAUAAACCCAAACUGUUCGGUACCGUUCACGAAACCUACCAUUGCCGCAACGACGAGCUCUUCGGACUUUCCGAGACCAAACCCGUUAAUUAGUCCGCCGUCCUUCAUGAGAACUCACGUGACGAGUCCAACUUCAUUUGGAUGGCCCGUGGCGAAUACCAGUCCCACGCCGUUCAGCAGGCCCAGCGCUAAUACGAGCCCUACUUCUCUAGCCAGAGGCGGUCGGAACGUGAGCCCAGGCAAAACUUUGCAGGAGAAAUUGGCCGACAAGAAAAAGGAGCAGCAGAGCAAACAAAUGAUGCAGAACUUGGAAACGGAACUGUCAUCUGUGGAGGGCACCUCGUCUGCCGCUUUACUGAAAAGUCUGAACAUAGCCAACAUACCGUCGUCGUUGACAGUUUCGAAGACUGCGCCUACUUCCGAGGACCUGUUGGCCCCAUCUUCCAAACAUUUGCCAACGGUAUUAUCCAGUUCGUUGCCCGGUCACAGUUUGAACAGGAUACCGCCCGCAUUAACUGUUUCGAAGACUGUUUUACCCACUCCAAGGUUCACUCCAGAAUCGGGCAUGUCCAUAAGUCAGGUUUCCCAAGCAGCAACAAAAUUUCAGCAGAAGUCGGUUAAAUCAAAACUAAAAAGUAACCAUGCACCAUCGACCAAAUCAUCCGUCGCCACGUCGCCGUUAAUAGUAAAAAACAAGUUGCACCAAAGAAAAAAGGGUAGUUUGGUAUCUGUUGGAGCCCAGCCCACAACAGUUUUUGAUAAAUCAGUGGUUUCCAAAGAUAUGUUCCGAAAAGGUGCGAAGCAGAAUAUUAAUGAAUCAAAAAAUGCAUUUGAGGCCCUUUCUGUUAUCAAAAGACUGCCGGGCGUAAAUAUUUCCAGUGUCUCCUCUAAAAAGGGGCCCGGAAUAGAAAUAACAAAAAUCACAGAAAACCAAAAAAAGCAGUCGUCAGAUGAAGAUAUUAUUUGCAUUAAUGAUUAGAAAUAAGUUGAACAGUAAUAUAAUGUAUU